AUGAACUUCUUUGAAGUGGAAAUCCUUGAUUGGAAGACAAAGAAACAGCUAUGCUUCCUAGAUAAGGUGGAACCAAAUGCCACAAUUAGGGAGAUCAGAUUGAUGUUCCAUAAAGUAUAUCCUCGGUGGUAUCCAGCAAGGCAGUCGAUAAAACUUGAUCCAAAAGGAAAGUCCCUGAGGGAUGAGGAAAUCCUGCAGCACCUCCCUGUUGGCACAACUGCUACCUUAUACUUUAAAGAUUUAGGGCCACAGAUAGGAUGGACUACGGUAUUUUUGAUAGAAUAUACAGGUCCAUUGUUCAUCUAUUUUCUGUUUUAUUUCCGCAUGCCUUUUGUCUAUGGACUGGAUGAGAGGUUUACAUCAAGCCCGCAUCCAGUAGUUAACUUGGCAUGUAUCUGCCAUUCUUUCCACUACAUCAAAAGGUUGAUUGAAACAGUAUUUGUUCAUCGGUUCUCCCAUGGGACUAUGCCACUGAGGAAUAUUGUGAAGAACUGCUUGUAUUACUGGGGAUUUGCAGCUUGGCUUGCUUAUUACAUCAAUCAUCCCCUUUACACUCCUCCUUCUUAUGGGAAAAAACAGAUAAAUUUUGCUGUGAUCAUGUUUCUGCUGUGUGAAGCUGGAAAUUUUUCCAUUCACGUUGCACUCAGUGACCUCCGGCGAAAUGGAUCCAAAAUCCGUAAGAUCCCAUAUCCAACAAAGAAUCCUUUCACAUGGCUGUUUUUCUUUGUAUCUUGCCCUAACUAUACAUAUGAGGUGGGGACCUGGAUCAGUUUCACUAUCAUGACUCAGUGUGUUCCAGUGGGGCUGUUCACCUUGCUUUGCUUCAUUCAGAUGACAAUCUGGGCAAAGGAUAAACACUGCACCUACCUACGAGAAUUCAAGGAUUAUCCAAGUCUUCGAAUGCCAAUUAUUCCUUUUUUGUUGUAAGAAAAAAGGUUUAAUGUGAAUAUUGCACGGAACUUCAAGAAGAAAAAGCUCAUAAACCUCCUGCCAAAUAAGUGAAUUAAUUUAAAGGAUUUCGGUGCAUGUUGAAUCCCCACUGCUGAGGGAAAUUGUAUGCACUUGAAAGCUACACUUCCUUACAUUCAACAAUUCUCAGCUCAGAAGCACCUUCAAAAAAUAAGGCUUCAUUGCACAGCUGGUAGUCAAAGCCCCUACAGUUCACUGUAACCUGAUUGACUUAGAUUUUCCUGUACUAGUCUAUUUAGAUUGAUGGAUCAGAGAUACUGAGAAGUCUGUGCUGAAAAGCAGCUCCAAAUUUAGCAGUGGCAUUCUGUAAGACAUAAGUAGAUUGGAACGAGGACAUACCAGCUAACAACUAGAGAGCUCAGCUCAGCCAGCACGGCCAGCUGGCCUGAAGACAGUUGCAUGAUCUGCCUUGUUUGACUUGAAGAAGAGAGUGUGUUGCCUGGAGGCAGGUGCUUUGUAACAAAUAACAUUACCAAAGAAUAUGAAUGGUUCCUGGAAUAAAGAAACAGGCAAUAUCUCAAAUACAUGAUUUGGGUCUAACCCCUAAUUUGCCAAAAGAAUCUGAAGAAAGAAGUAUUUGUAGUAUUUGUGGAUGUAAACAUCCUGCGUUGUUGGGGGUUUUUUGUUUGUUUGUUUUUGGUCUUCUUCAUUGGUAAAUUGCAUACUAGUAAAUAAGGUUCAGGAGAUCUGAUCUAUGCUAUAUCUGUGAUAUUUGGCCUGUUUUCAUAUAACAAGUCCUUAUGAUACUAAAGGACCUUUUACAUAGCAUUUUGUGUAGCAUUCUCCAAAUAAUUUUUAAUACACUUUGUAAAUA